AUGCUGGCUUCGUUGCGCUUCCAGAUGGGUGCAUUGACGCUUCGCCCGGCCGUUGGGAGCGCUUUCAUUGGGCGUAUGACCCAAGCAACGCUCUCUACGACUGCUGUAGAAGGCAAGACCGUUGCUAUGGACGAUGAUACUGCCGUAUUCCUGAAUUCUACGUCUCCAUACGAGCCACGCACCGUGAAAACCGUAAAACGUGCGAUCCGUGGAAGCCCUCAGAAGCUCACGUACUUGGCUCAGCAGAUUCGUGGAUUGUCAGCGAAGGAGGCUAUUUUGCAGAUGAAAUUCUCACCCAAACGGAAGGGAGAGAUCUUCCAAAAGACGGUGCAGAAUGCCAUUAAUUUGGCCGAUAUCAAGUAUCAGAUCGAACCCGAGAAUCUCAUGGUGGCCGAAUGUUUCGUUAACAAAGGGACGUAUCUUAAGCGGAUGCGAAUUAUGGGUCGAGGACGUUCGGGUGUGAUGCAUCAUCCUUAUACUCAUUUGACAGUAGUGUUACGUGAAUUUGAUCCGUCCAAGAAACCUCUGAAUCGCCACAUGACGAAGAAGCUUGCACGUGAGAACGCCAAGAAACAGCUAAAGCAGAAGGCAAGUCUGGAGAAAUAG